AUGCGUGACGUGCACACUACCUCUGCGGACAGAAAUACCAAUGGGAGCUCAUUGGCAACAGGCGUUUGUACGGCGUGUCCAAGUGGAUACUAUCCAUCACGCGAUCUAUCCUUUUGCAUUGCAUGUCCAGACACACUGAACAUGGUUGCAACAUUAAACUCUGGCUCCUAUACAUGCUCGUGUCUUACCGCUGGCGGGUAUACAUCUCCACCACAAGGAUCAAUCUGCAUGUUGGCAAGCACUGUAUCAAAUGUGAUAUCCACAUUUGGAGCUGUGGAUGCGUCAGUUUCAUUCAAGGUUAUUUUGGUUUAUAGGACAUGA